AUGAGAAGAAUACUUCUGCCAAAUCCACCUAUUGAUCCUGAGCUUCCAGCCAUUUCUAUCAAGAAUGGAAACUUUUCAUGGGAAUUGCAGGUACGGGAUAACAUAUUGUUUGGGUCUCCAUUCCAACCUCCAAGCUAUGGGAGAGCAAUAGAUGCUACUUCAUUACGACAUGACCUUGACCUACUCCCAGGUGGUGAUCUCACAGAGAUUGGAGAAAGGGGAGUUAAUAUUAGUGGGGGGCAAAAACAACGAGUUUCAAUGGCAAGAGCUGUUUAUACUGAUUCAGAUGUUUACCUAUUUGAUGAUCCACUGAGUGCAUUAGAUGCCCAUGUUGGUCGACAGGUAUUUGAUAAAUGUAUCAAAGAAGAGCUACGACAUAAAACUCGGGUCCUUGUUACUAAUCAGCUGCAUUUUCUGCCAUACGUGGAUAAAAUUCUGCUGAUCCAUGAUGGAGUAAUUAAAGAGGAGGGUACAUUUGAUGAACUUAGUAACUCUGGGGAGCAGUUCAAAAAACUUAUGGAAAAUGCUGGAAAGAUGGAGGAACAAACAGAAGAGAAACAAGACGAAAGCAAAUCACAGGACGAGAUAAAACACACUGAAAAUGGGGGCGUUGUAAUAGCUGAUGGUGGUCCGCAAAAGAGCCAGGAUAGUUCAAGUAAAACAAAACAGGGAAAAUCUGGUCUUAUUAAGCAAGAGGAACAUGAAACUGGAGUUGUCAGUACAAAGGUCCUUUCACGCUACAAAAAUGCAAUGGGGGGUAUUUGGGCGGUGUCCGUUCUCUUCUUGUGCUAUACACUGACUGAAACUCUACGGAUUUCAAGUAGCACAUGGUUGAGCAUUUGGACUGAUGUGGGUUCUCUGAAAAUCCAUGGCCCUGGUUACUACAACUUAAUCUUUGGCAUUCUUUCUUUUGGGCAGGUUUUAGUCACUCUCACGAAUUCUUACUGGCUGAUCACGUCAAGUCUUCGAGCAGCCAAGAGGUUGCAUGACUACAUGCUCCGGUCUAUAUUAAGAGCUCCCAUGGUAUUUUUUCAUACCAAUCCACUUGGACGGAUCAUCAACAGAUUUUCGAAGGAUUUGGGUGACAUUGACAGGAAUCUUGCUGUCUUUGUCAACUUGUUUAUGGCACAAAUAUCUCAGUUGCUCUCAACAUUUGUUUUCAUUGGUGUUGUCGGCACUAUGUCUCUUUGGGCUAUCAUGCCACUUCUCAUUUUAUUUUAUGCAGCCUACCUUUAUUACCAGACUACAUCAUGUGAGGUAAAGCGCAUGGAUUCUAUUACUAGGUCUCCUGUGUAUGCCCAAUUUUCAGAGGCAUUAAAUGGUCUGUCGACAAUCCGUGCCUACAAAGCCUAUGAUAGAAUGUCAAACAUCAAUGGGAAAUCAAUGGACAACAACAUCAGGUUCACACUCAUGAACCUGAGUUCAAAUAGAUGGCUAGCCAUCCGGCUGGAAACACUGGGUGGCAUCAUGAUAUGGUUCACCGCAACAUUUGCUGUGAUGCAAAACCAAAGAGCAGAGAAUCAGAAGGCCUUUGCUUCCAUGAUGGGUCUUCUUCUUACUUAUACCCUCAAUAUCACCAAUCUGCUCACAGCUGUUCUUCGUCUUGCUAGUCUUGCUGAAAAUAGUAUGAAUGCGGUUGAACGGGUAGGAACAUACAUCGAGUUGCCUUCUGAGGCUCCUCCUGUCAUUGAGGAUAACAGGCCACCUCCUGGUUGGCCAUCAUCUGGUAUCAUCAAGUUUGAAGAUGUUGUGCUUCGGUACCGACCAGAACUUCCACCUGUUCUUCAUGGAAUAUCAUUCAUUGUUAAUGGAAGUGAGAAGGUAGGAAUAGUUGGCAGAACAGGUGCUGGUAAAUCUAGCAUGCUUAAUGCUCUGUUCCGCAUCGUGGAACUGGAGCGUGGGAGAAUAUUGAUUGAUGAUUGUGAUACAUCUAAGUUUGGAAUUUGGGAUCUGCGGAAAGUGUUAGGAAUAAUACCACAGGCACCAGUCCUGUUUUCAGGUACUAUUCGAUUUAAUCUGGAUCCUUUCAGCGAGCAUAAUGAUGCGGAUCUCUGGGAGGCUCUUGAAAGGGCUCAUCUAAAAGAUGUCAUAAGGAGGAAUGCUCUAGGACUAGAUGCUGAGGUUUCUGAGGCCGGUGAAAAUUUUAGCGUUGGACAGCGGCAGUUGCUGAGUUUAGCUCGUGCAUUGCUACGAAGGGCAAAGAUACUUGUUCUUGAUGAGGCAACAGCAGCAGUUGAUGUUCAAACUGAUGCUCUUAUACAGAAGACAAUCAGAGAAGAAUUCAAGAGUUGUACAAUGCUUAUAAUCGCUCACCGUUUGAAUACCAUCAUCGACUGUGACAGGUUGCUUAUUCUAAGUUCUGGGAAGAUUUCGGAAUUUGACACCCCCGAGAAUCUUGUGAGCAACGAGGGAAGUGCUUUCUCCAAGAUGGUUCAGAGUACAGGACCUAGCAAUGCAGAGUAUCUUAAGUCUCUUGUGCUUGGCAAUGGUGAAGAGCGGCUGCGAAAGGAAGAAAGUAAGUUGCAAGAUAUUCAGAGGGAAUGGGCUGCGUCUAACCGAUGGGCUGUCGCUGCCCAGUUUGCGCUUGCUGCUAGCCUCGCGUCAUCCCACAGUGACCUCCUCUCAUUGGAGGCUGCGGACGGAAACAACAUCCUCAGGAAAACAAGGGAUGCAGUAAUCACCCUGCACAGCGUCCUUGAAGGGAAGCACAAUACUGAAAUCGAGGAAUCACUCGCCGAGUAUGAGGUUCCGCUUCCGCCUGAUAGGUGGUGGUCGUCACUUUACAAAGUCAUCCAAGGCCUUGCCACGAUGAGCAAACUGGGUCGCAACCGUCUACGGCAACCUGGUUACAGUUUUGAAAACCACGGCUCAUCGUCUAUUGACUGGGAUCAAAUUUAG